CCAUAUAUGUGAGAGUCGCUGCUGGUGAAUUUCUCCACUUGCUAUUCGGUGUUCUGCGGCCAAAAUUGUGGAAGGAUCGGCGGAAGGAGUCCGUGAGGAGCUCAUCCCACAUUCUAGUUUGUUCUUGAUCAUCUCGUCGGAUGCCAAGUUUCAGAAUCUGCGAGUUGUAAGAUCAGGUGGGAACCGGGUGGCAAAAGGGAAGAUAGUAGAUUGAUUUCGAGAAGUUAUGCGAUUUUCUGAAGCACCCGUUUGAUCGGACCUCCUGUUUUUGAAUCUUGAAUUCCUGACUCGAAGGCGAAAAUUGGAAGCUGGACGAGGCAAGGCGAGAAGGAAACGCGAAAAUGGCAGCGGACGGGAGAAAUAAUGAGCCGGCGACCGCCACCACACUCUGGAACCUCUCGGACGAUGUCCUCCUGAACAUCUUCUUCAAAUUAGAUGACGACCCACGACACUGGUCUCGCCUUGCCUGCGUCUGCGUCCGAUUUAAUGCCAUCAUCGAGUCCGUCUGCUGCAAGACCAAGUGCUCUUCCACCAUUCCUUCCGUCGUCUCUGAUCUCCUCCACAGCUCCAGCUCUGAUUUGGUCACCCUUUUUGCCUCCCCUUUUCCUUGUUCGGACGCUGGACGGCCGGCGAACCCUAAGGUGGACGCCGAACCGCCGGGCGGAUGGUUUUCCCUUCAUAAGGUUAACGUCUGUUGUCCCGGUCUCCUCCAUGCCGGCGUUCUCUUUGACACCUACGACUACGGACUGGAGAGGGCCAUCGGGCCAGACCACGAUUAUGCCGUAACUCAGAGGAACUCCUCUAUGUCGACGUCGUCUGCCGUCGGCGAAGGAUCGAGCGUAUGCCCCAUUUCUUCUUUGGACAGUUGUACCACUUGGUCCUUGUUUGAUGAUCUCUUCUUCGAUACUGUGUAUGACGAAUCCGAAUGCAACAUGUUAGAAGACGAGUUUGCUCUAAAUGACUGCAAGCGCGGCGUAGUUGAACUGAGAAAAGGGUCCGCAGUGCAGGAAAAAAUGGUGGCUGUCGAUAAUUUGGAGACGAUUGGCUAUAACGUGAAGCGGAGGAAGAAGUUUCGAUCUACAGACGCGCAUUUGGCGAGUGGAAUAUGGAAUCUAAGCAGAGAGCAGGGGAAUAAGCUGUUGGCUAGCAGGUUCAGGGGCGAUUGCCUCUACAUCUGCGACUGGCCAGGCUGCGAGCACGUCGAAGAGGAGAGGAAUUACAAGCUUUUCAGGGGAGUCUUCAAGAAUUUCAAGAGGUCGAGAGUGUGGAGAAGUAUUAGGGACUCCAAGGCGAAGAAGAUUGGCUUGAACUGUGCCUUCUGUUCCUGUGAAGGCACUUGGGAUCUGCUUUCCUGCUUCUGCUUGAGGAGACUGUGGGAGUAUCACGAAGAUGGGGAGCCGGUUGUUCGGGCCUAUGUAUGCGAGAAUGGCCAUGUUUCUGGCGCUUGGAUAGAAAAGGCCAUGUGCACCUAGAAAUCGAAUGGCUCACUAGUUCAUAUUGGUGAAGCUGGAUGGAGCUUAUCGUCCAGUGUUUGAAUGAGAUGUGAUGUGUUUCAUCAGAUUCAGUUGUUUCCAUGAUUUGUCUCAAGAGACAAAUGCAGUUCUCUGCAAACAGAACAUUUGCAUCCCCUUUUCAUUCCCUUACUGAUAGAUAUGUGUUGGUCUACGCAUUGCUUACUCGCAUCUGCUGUCUUCCUGGUGGUGAUCCGGCGACCAACAAUUUUUUUUUUUAAUGGCGACUUAUUUACAUUUUCUAUUCAGGUACUUAUAUUUGCUUUUGUAAUAAAAAAAAAGUUUGCAGUAAUAUUACAUUAUUACUUUCUUCAA